CUGUCAAUAAUAAAUAAAGUUAAGUGUUGUGUGUCGAAAUAGGGUUAUGUAGUGUGGAUGAACGUUGUUUUAGGGCGUAAAGCCAGGUAAAAGCGAUUAAGUGCUAAUAAAACCUUGUUGAAUUCGGGCAUGCCCCCCGCCCCCAGCCGCCGGAAGUACGUAUUAUUGCCAUGUAUUUGAUCUGUCGGUUAAAGUGGGGUAUCUGAAGAUGCGCGCGCAGCCUUGGCCAUUUUGUCACAAUAUUAACCUUUUGUUGUGAUGUGUCUAUUGCGAUGAAUUAUGUCUGUAAUUGAAUUAUCGUGUGGUAUAAUUAGGUGUAGUGAUUAGUUCUUCGCGAUGUCGGUGCAGUGAUGGUGGGCGACUUCGGUUAGCCGUCGACCUCGUGGAGCUCUUUGACGGUGGAAUCUAAGGCAAGCUGCCGCCGGACACUAUCGUUGGCCAACCGUCGCUCUCAGCUCAUCGUCCGGCGUCGUUUGGGGCACGGCUUGAGGCUCGGGGGCGGCAAGCGGCCGCCGGCCCUCAAACGCUGCGAAGCGGUUUAGCGCGGCACAAGAUGGCUACCGUCGGGACCUCGAUCCACUAGUUCGCGCUUUCGGGCACCUGGGGCAACGCCCCGCUCAGAGGACUCUUUCACCAUGUGCGAGCCCGAGGAGGUGCCCCAGAGCGUGUGGUCGCGCUGGAUCCUCGACGCCAUACGCAAGAUUCGCUCCCAGAAGCAGCGGCCCAGCGUCGAGCGCAUCUGCCAUGCCAUCAGACAGCACCACAACUACCACGAAGAUGUCGUAGCUGAGCACCUGGAGGCGGCCGUCAAGGAGUGCGCCGUCCUUAAGGUCUUCAACAAGGGCCAGAGCUCUUACAAGGACCCCGGAGGCCUUCAAAACAGGACCCUUCGGAUCGAAAAGGGAACCGAUCUAAGCAAAGUUGUGGCGAAGGCCGUUAGGGAGCUAGGGGAGCGUGACGGAUCCACUAUUAAAUCCAUAGAAAAAUACAUAAGGCAGUCGCAUACGGUCGUUGAAGGGCCAGAUGUUGAACUCAAAAACGUGCUUAGGAUGGCCACGAAGAGGGCCGUCGCUAGAAAUCUCAUACUACAAGACGGGAAAAACUACAAAUAUAACUACAAUCACACGAGUCCCAGUUCUAAAAAGAAGCAAGAAGCCGCCAAAAAAGCCCUUACUGAAGAUAACGAUGCUUCCAAUAAGACCCCAGCCCCAUUGCCUAUCUGCACAGAAUGCCUCGGCACGGAGUCGAAAAAUCGGAACGGAGUGGCUGAAAAAUUGAGCGCCUGUUCGGAAUGUGGGGCUCUCGUGCACCUAACAUGCACCUCGGCGGGGCCCGAAUUGGGCGCCCUGUUGUCAAAAGGGGGUAAAUGGUUUUGCGAGGACUGUAAAACUUGCGAUGGUUGCGGAAAUUCUGGAGUGUCGAUUUGUCUGUUGUGUUGCUGCAGUUGCGAGCGGAACUACCAUGUGGACUGUCUGGAUCCUCCGGCGGAAAAGAAACCGAAAUGUCCGUGGCGGUGCCGGCAUUGUUUGGGUCACCACGACAAGUCGAAAAAGGGGGAGGUUAGCAGUAACGUAAAGAAAAAAAUCGAAAAGGUUCGAGAGAAAAUUAAAGAGAAAAAUCAAAAGUCGAAAGAGAGCAGCAAUCCGUCGGCCGGCGCUCCGAUAACGACGACGCCAUCCGCGAAGGGUAACCGCAAGAGCCGGAUACCAGCGACUCCGCAGCCCCUAGACAGUGACAGUGAUAACAGCGACAGCGACAAUGAGGGUACGCCAUCCCCCGCCACUUCACAACAUCAUCAUCUCCAAACUCCAGCCUCCCAUGUCCAUUCUCCCAAUACCACCACCACCACUACCACAACAACCAACACUGACCGUCUAGAAACCUCCGACAGAAUGUCGAAAGAGAAACAAAAAUUCUUCAAAUCGUCGGCGUUUAAUCCCGACAAGAAGAAACAACAAGAUAAGACAAAAAAAGUCAAUCGGACACAACAGAACAAUAAAAAAGCAAAAGUUGAAACGAAGAGAAAGCAAAAGAAAAUCGUGUCUUCCAGUUCGGAAUAUACGAGUAGUAGCGAGGAGGAGACAAGCACUACCGACUCGGACACUGAUUCUUCUGUCGAACCGUCGACCACGAGGUCCAGUAUUAAAAUACCGAGCAUUUUUACAAGUAACACUAAGAAAAUGGAUACUUUCGGAAGCAUAAGUGGUAUUACAAUGGACAAAGAUAAGCCUUGGGGGUUUGCAGUGGCCGCUGCUGAAGCCAAGAAGAAAGAGUUGGCGAGUAAAGAACCUCUUACAUUUGCCAGUUUUAAGAACCAAUCAUUUAAUUUCGAAAAUAAUAGUAAUAAAGGUUUUUUUUCGUCGCUGGUCGACGAGAAAAGUUCUAGCAAUUCGAGCAGUAGCUUAGACAAAACGAAACCCGGUUUCGGACAAUUGCGAGGUUUAUUCGAUGGUUUGAGUCACCUAUUUGCGGCCGCCACUGAAAACCGCUCGAGAAAUUCGACCCCUAAUUACAACCCCAAUCGUCGACCAAAAAAGGACGAUGAAGAAGACGCCGAGAAGAGUCGAAAACGUGCAAAUCCCACUCCUCCCGUUCCCGAUUCUCAUUCCAAAAAGAUGUCAAAAUGUCCUCCUCUAUCGUCUUCCCCUUUCUCUUCCUCUCAAGAAAGCCACCAGCCGAUGACGCCUUCUAACCUCGUUAAGACGGCCGUUAAUUCGAAACGUCACGAGCUAGAAAGAAGGAAAAUUAAAAGCGAAGCAGGGUUGGGUACGGUCGGGUUCGGACAUAAUAUCGAGGAUGCUCGAAUGAAAAAACGCAAUCUUAUUGCCGAGGCCACACAGACAAACCAUCCGUUGUCGGUGCCGCCGACGCCGAUUGCCAACAAUCAGACCGACGAAAUCAAACCGCCACAACUACCACCGGGUGUGACACAGAAAGACGUCGAUUUAUUUAAAGAAACACGAGAGAAGGCCAAUGCGACGACGGCACUUUUACCACCUGGAACGCCCUUUGUUACGUCACCGUCGUUGGUAAUGUCGUCGCAAGGUCGUUGUCCUGCUGCCAUAGAAUUUGGAAAAUACGAAAUCCAAACAUGGUACUCCAGUCCGUUCCCGCAAGAAUACGCCAGGCUACCUAAACUGUUCCUGUGUGAAUUUUGCCUCAAAUAUACGAAAAGUAAGGCCGUUUUGGAACGGCAUCAAGAUAAAUGUACUUGGAGGCAUCCACCAGCGACGGAAAUCUACCGAUGUGGAGAUUUAUCUGUGUUUGAAGUCGACGGAAAUGUUAACAAAAUCUACUGUCAGAAUUUGUGUCUUUUAGCGAAACUUUUCCUCGAUCAUAAAACACUCUAUUAUGACGUGGAGCCAUUUCUAUUUUAUGUUUUGACGAAAAAUGACAAAAAAGGGUGUCACCUUGUCGGUUAUUUCUCAAAGGAGAAACAUUGUCAACAGAAAUAUAACGUUUCAUGUAUUAUGACUAUGCCUCAGUAUCAGAGACAGGGUUUUGGCCGCUUCUUGAUCGAUUUUAGUUACUUAUUAUCAAAGAGAGAGGGGCAACCAGGAACCCCGGAAAAGCCACUUUCCGACCUUGGACGAGUUUCGUAUUACGCUUAUUGGAAAUCGGUGGUACUUGAAUACCUCCACGCACAUCGCAAUGCUAAAUUAAAACUGACAGAUAUAAGUAAAGAGACCGGAAUGUACUGUCAUGACAUUGCUCUUGCUUUACAACUGCUCGGGUUUGUCCGAUGCGUCUCGACUGAAACCGGCCGAAAACCGGUGCUCUGUAUCGAUUGGACGAAAGUCGAUAAUCAUGCAGAACGAGUCGCUAAAAGUAAAACUAGAAUUAAAAUCGAUGCUGAAUGUCUUAGAUGGACACCUCUUCUAACAUCGACUGUAAAUCCUUUCAGAGAAGAAAAAUCUGACGGAGAAAAAGAGUCAACACCUGUCGAAACAGCUGAUAUUAUAAUCCCCCAACCCGAGAAAAUUAUAAUAGAGACCCAACAAGGUGUUAAAUUGAAAAAAGGACGAAAACGAAAAAUUUCAACAGCGCCUAAAACACCAAAAGUGGCGAAAAAUGAGCCUAAGACACCUCAAGUUACUCCUAAUAAUCCAUCUAAGGAAGAAGUCGAAAUUACAUCGUCGGGUCGAAGAAGGACGAGGCCUAGUAAAUACAAUGAAACGACAUUUGCUGACGUCAAGCCUAAAAACCAUGAAAAUAAUAAACGGAAACGUAACGAUACAUCUGAACCGGAAGUGGCCGAGAAGAAGUUGAAAGCCGAGCCGGAAGUAAAACUUGUCAAGUGUGAUGAAGAAGUUGCGAAGAUCCAACCGAAAGAAACUCAAAGGCCGAAGAGGAACGUCGGGGGUAAUAAAGAGAAGGUUGCGGGUGAGAGAUGGUCACAAAGACGUGUCAAGAAACAACAGGAGAAGAAAGAGGAAGUUGCAGAAGAAAAGGAGGAAAGUGUGGUCGAAAAAUCGGAAAAAAUUGAAGUGGAAGCAUCUCCAGCACCGGCCAAAACUCCCAAACCGAGAAAGAAACGGCCGUUUGUGAAAACCAAGACAAAGAAACAGUUGACGCUACCUGAACUUAUGAAGACCAAACUUCAACAGAGGGAAAGUGAAAGUGAGAGUUUGCUGUCGGAGAAAUCGGAGGAUGAGGACACAACAACAAAAACCACAAAGAAGGAUAUUGUCAAUAAUGAGAAGGUCGAGGUUCGGGUGAAAAGUACGAAGAUUAAUAGGAUUUCAACCGAGGAGGAUUCCAGUGCUGAGGCUGAUGAUGAGAUGGAGAAGGAUGAGUUAGCACCGAAAGCUUUCGAAGUUUCGCCUAAUACCAAAUACAAAUUGCCUAGUCCUACGAAAGAGAAAGUUGAAUCGGUUAAGAAAGACGUACAGAAGGUUGAAGAGAAAGAAAUUGAAAAGGAGGCAGAAAAACCGAAGUCUCCUCAGGUUUAUUCUUCUACGACUUCUGAAUCGGAGACUGAGAUUGACGGCCAGAAAAUCAAGACGAUACAUAAGGAAAUAUUGGAAAUUUCCAAAAAAGAUGUUUUAGUUGAUAAUCAGAUCAAACAAGAGGAAGUGAGUAAGAAUGAAGAGAAAAUUGAGGUUAAACCGGUCGAAACCAGUCCAAAGAAUGAAGAAGUACCAGUAGAGAAAGUCGCGGAUCAGUCAAUUGAGUUUGAUAGAAAAUCAUCUGAUAUGGAUAUUGAAAAAAUCGAUGACGAUCGAAAUAAAAUCGUUAUUCAACAAUCGGCGCCGCCACCUCCACCUAAAGAACAGUCGUUACCGAAAAUUGUUGAAGAAAAACCAAAAAUUGAGCUUCAACCCGAACCGCCUAAACCAAAACCUGAACCGCUUGUGGAAAACAAAAAGAAAGACGAUAUAAAACCGCCGACUCCACCUCCUGAAAUUAAAUCUGUAAUUACAGAAAAGAAAUCCCCGAAAAUCGAACCUCCUAAAAUAGCCGAACCAGUUCCUGCACCCAAAGCUGUAGUUCCGGUACAAAUCGAACCUAAACCUAUCAAAGAGAAAGACGUAAAUCCUAAAACUCAACCUGUUGCCAAAACUGAAACUAAGCCUAAACAUGAAGAAAAGCGGCAUCACGAUAAACCCAAAACUGCCAAAGUACAACACGUGGAAAAUGAAAGUAUUUUGGCUAAAACCGACUUCAGUAUGACCGCGGCUCAGAAUUACCAUCACAUGUCUCAAGCCCAGUAUAAUCAAUGGCAAUGGGGUCUCCCCUGGGACAAAUCGAUUUAUUACGACCACAAACGUGAAUACGCCGGAUAUCCGAUGCCUUUACAGUUCCCUCCUUUAGAAAUGUUGCCCAAACAACAACUUCCCAGUUGCGAGAAAGAAAAACCUAAAACGCACCGACACGAGUCGAAACAAAGCAACAGUAAGGGUUCCAAAGAGGGCAAAAGCGAGAAAAGUUCUCCAAAAAAGGACGACAAGGCGAGAGAAACAAAAAACACGUCUUGUUCUGUGAAAUCAGCCUCGCUUCCGGAAAAACCAAUCCCUCCAUGUUCAAUGCCAGAGAAACCGAAGAAUAAAGAGGACGAGAAAUUGGAGAGUGUUGAGCUGUCGCAACAACCUCAACAGCAACCGCAACAACAGCCUCAUCAACAACAACCAAUGACUACACCUUCGAUCAAACACACACCUCCGACUCCUUCGUCCGAGAUUCCUUCAAUGGGUGUCUACACUCCCGAUUCCACGACGAAUUCCGUGCAUAGUUUGCAUUACGGCCAGUGCGAUCUCGAUGUUGCUCAAUUAGGUCUCGAAUCACCGGCGUCCAUUUCGAGCGAUAUGGCGUCACAGAAUUCGGUCGAACCGGUUAGGCCCCCCUCAGUUUUACCUGUUAGUACCGCCCAACAGCCGCAAACCAACUACGAUUGUACCGUACAGCAUAAUUUACAACAACAGAGUGGUCUACAGGUGCAACAGAACACGACUGUACCGACUUCAAGUCCCACAGUGAACCCCAGUCCGAUGCAGAUGCCCCAACAAAACACUCACCAAUCCGGUUCGAGUAAACGUCAAAUGCAACAGCCCCGAAACCGAUCCAGCACACCGUCGACUAAUAAACAACAAUCCAACAUGAAACUCGCUUCUCCCGCUCAACAGCACGCCUCCGUCCAACAGCAACAACAACAGCAAAGUCGGCAGCGAGCAACGCCCCCUGCUGUUCAAACCCACCAACACAUGUUAGCCAGUCCCACGCAGAACCAGCAAGUACAACAUCAGAUGCAACAACAACACCACAUGCAUCAUCAAGUCGCCAUGCACCAAAGCUACACCCAUCACGCCCAAUUAGGGGCGUCGCCGAUGCACCAACAUCCCCAUCAUCCCCACCAUUCCGUCAUAAAUUCAGGGAAUUAUAUCCCGGUGGCCGUGAGUACUCAAGGAUUUCCGGCGCAAGGGACGAGUACUUAUGUCAGCGUACCUAUGACGACGGUAAUCCAGCAUCGGAUGAGUGCCCAACAGACUCAUCAAAAGCUGGCCCCAUCGCCCUCGUGUGCUGUUACGACAGGAACUAACUUUUACAUCCAGACGAAUCCACAUCCACAUGCGCAUACCCCAACUCCGGCCCCUACACCAGUCCCGACGUCAACUUUGCAAGGCCCCGCCCAGCCCGGCCAAUCGAGUUGUAGUCUCGCCAAAUUGCAACAAUUGACGAACGGUUUGGAAAUGAUGCCACCCAAUUCGUGUAGUACGAUGACUCCGCCUCCAUCAGCAAUGACACUAUCGCCGCCUCCUACGCACCACCCACAUGCAACAAUGACGCCGCCCCCAACACACCAAAUGAUACAGAAUCAGACCGUUCGGAAUCUGGCACCGUCACCGUCCGGGAUUCAGCCGCAAGUUCUGAGUUAUCAUAAGUAUUACCAACCGAAUAUGAACGUGAAUCAGUUAGGAGGGGCGGUGACGCCGCCAAUUGGUCAGAAUUUAGGGCGAUCCCGAAAUUCGACCAAUGUCCAGCAUAUGCAGAGCACGUCGAGUCGAGUCAGUCCGAAUGUGGCGGCUUUGAACCCGAUGUAUAACUCGUUGAAUGGGUACAGGAUGGCUGCGCAACAAGGCCCGGGACCGGUCACUGGAUACAUAACGAAUACAGCGGCAGGGUUCAUCAAUAAUGCCCAAAUUCCCAUGCAAAUGGGCGUUAUGAACAUGGCCCAAACCCAGUACCAGGAUCCUGCGGCAAUCCAGAGAGCCCAACAGAACACUAUGUACACUUACGGAUACAUUAAUAGUGGGUUGAUGCAACCGUUGAAUGGAACGAUGAGACGUUAAGUGACUACCAGUGAUAUGACUUGACUUGGUUUUCGUUUGUUUUAUUGAUAUGCCUUAUCUGGUUACGGCGGUUUUUUUCUCUAGGGCUGUGCAGGCUUACGUUGAUCUGAUUGUAUGUAAAAGAACUAUUGUGUUGUUUUUCAAGGUGACAACACCUUGUGUUUAUUUGUUAUUUAUUUGAUCGUCCAGAUCAAAAUGCAGAUUUUAUUGAAACCGGAUAUUUUGUAAGAUUUUUUAAAUGUUUAAGGACAAAAAAUUGAGACGUUUUUGAACGCUUAUUUUAGUAAGUAAGACUUGGAACGGUUAAUGCAUUGUGUACAUUUUAAUAAGAGUAUUAAUUUAUUUCGAAACAUUUACUGUAAGAUAUUGUAAAUUUUGUGAAUAUUAUUAAUUAAGUAACAUUUAAACAGGGAUAAGGUUUUGAGCUGAGUAGUCUUAUUUCAACAAUUGUUAACUCGAACUAAUAUUUUUUUUUCUCAUUUUUCUUGUAAAUUGCAAUAGAUUUAAUGAUAAUCAAAAACUACAACUAAUUAAUAAAAUAGUCUAAGUGUUUGAUGUUUUAUCACUUAUUUUUAUUUCGUGUAGCACUGUGAUUAGAUUUGUUAGCUUGUUUCUUUAACAUUGUGUAUAAGCAAUUUCGCUGUAUAUUUUAAAUUUGUAUAACUACAUGAUAUUAAAAAAUGUUAGUUUUUA